AUGGCAGAUGACGAAGACAAACGUAGAACUAUCAACAGACUGCUCCUCGUCAAUGCUCUAACAGAGGGCGCUUUGGAAGAGAUGAUGGAAGACCCUGAAUAUUUUGACGAGGAUACUGAUGAGUUCCUUGGAGACCUCAACUGCACAGAUGCAUUGGGAAAUACUGCCCUUCACCUUGCUGUACGUCAAGGGCAUCCGGCUGAUGUAGCGGCUCUCUGUGGUGGGGCUGUCGACCUUGAUCUCCACAACAAGAAUGGCGAUACACCACUUUAUAUCGCUUUGAAGGAGAUAGACGAUGCUGAGACGCGCUUUGAUAUUGUUACAGAACUACUAAGUUGCGGCGCAGAGAGCAAACAGACAAUGCCAGGCGGGCUCACACCACUGGAGUACGCGAAAAGCCGAUAUCCUUCAGAAAAGAAUUUACACGAGAUUGUCGCAAAUCCUCCAGGUGAUGACGAGGAGGAAUUACAGCCAGAACAAUUGAGGAAGCAAAUGUAUGACACGAGUGAUUUUGUAGACUAUGACGAAGAUGGAUCAAGCCCGGAGUCCGAAUAG